GCAAUUUUAACAGUGGUUUCCAGCUACGAAGACCUAAGAAGGGGAGAGAUUGAAUCUGAUGCUGUAAUCUCAGGUUAAACCGCUGUUCGUUAGCGAUGCUCCUAAUGUGGUUGUUUUGUUCUUUGGCUUGUUUCAAAUAUGGAGUGGAAGGUAGGUUUUAGAGUAGUUUCCUAUUUGUAUCGCUAGUACUACCCAAGUGCAAUAAAAUAUACUGCAGUGCAAUAAAUUUGCAUCUUUGUUUUCAUCACGGCUUUAUUAGCACCAUCUUGAAAUACAUCCCUCCUUGACUUUGUCAGGACAUUNGCUGUUCGUUAGCGAUGCUCCUAAUGUGGUUGUUUUGUUCUUUGGCUUGUUUCAAAUAUGGAGUGGAAGGUAGGUUUUAGAGUAGUUUCCUAUUUGUAUCGCUAGUACUACCCAAGUGCAAUAAAAUAUACUGCAGUGCAAUAAAUUUGCAUCUUUGUUUUCAUCACGGCUUUAUUAGCACCAUCUUGAAAUACAUCCCUCCUUGACUUUGUCAGGACAUUAUCUACGAAAAACUCCUUUUUGAGUUGGAAAAAGGGCAGGGACAAAAUUAAUUUGAUUCCGUGUACAUUUGCGAGGUAAUGUGCCAAUUUCAAGAGAUAUUUGAUUUUUCUAAAGAAAAAUGGGUGGAAUACUUGACGAAAACUCAGAAACGAAUAUUAAUACCCUACAGGAAAUUUUUAGGAAGGAUUCGCUUUGGUAUUUUUUAGAAGAAAGGGAUUUCGUUUUCUGCUUUGAGACCAGUUAAGAAGGAGGCAUAAUAUCGAGGGCUACAACACAGAAUAACUGAAAACACCUCCUAUAAACUAUAUAACCUAAACAAUACGCUGAUGAAUCUAGAAAAUGUACGACGCAUAAAGAAAAUAAAAAGUUUAGAACUGAAAAAAAAUGUAGCAAGAAAAUCGAGAACUUUAAAAAUGAGUGCGGAAGGGUUUCAGCUGUUGACGCGAAAUUUCUUUUUCGGCGGUGGAGAUUUACGAAGCCAGAUGAUGAGGUCCUUAAAGGAAGAUAAAUUAUGGAUUGAACAAAUGAGUGUGCCAAAAUGUAAAUGAGUGUGGCGACGCUUCGGCUCCACUCGGUAUGACAGAUAGUAUUAAAUUUAAAUGGCGAGAUCGCGCUGCAUGCUUUUCACGGGAAUCGAUUAGAAGUCGUUUUUAUUUUUGUACUUUUAGCGUAUUUCCUUCGUUCGUCUGUUCUUUAAAAAAGAGAUUAAAGCGACAAUUUUCGGUAGUCAAAAAAGAAUAUUCCCUCGCAUAAUUACUUGGAGCAGAUUUUCUUUGUUUUAAUAAGGCGGAAUUUAUUUAAAAUGAAUGCGUUUAUGAGACCAGCUGUCAUCUCAAGGCAACUGCAAGUUACUGAACUAGACCCAGAAUCUGAGAUCAGCUUUUAUUCACAUUUCAGAGUACGUUUUCGAUGAGGGCAGAAAAUUCUUUUAAAUCUUACCUUCUUCGUUUUACAGUAACAUCACUGUCUAAUGUCUAUCUUUUUACUGUAGUCUCCUCUGGAUAUCUAAUCUAAGUCAGGCGGCGGAGCUUCGUGGAGCCGGAUAUUGCUUUUCUUUAGAAUGCCUCCAAAAUGAUAAACUAGUCAAAUACUUGCAAACACUUUUAUUUAAUCAGAUAUUUUCCUAGUUAGGGUCCUGACGUUUCUCUGUGAUAACAGCCCCAGAUAUGAUACGUGCUCAGAAAUGCUACAUAAUCAAUUCACUGGUACAUAGCCUGUUUUUAAAGUCCCGUUAUCAGCAACUUAUUUUAACUUCUGAUCGGUUUUAAGGAAAAAAUUGUUAAAAGAGACAACAGACCAAAACAAAAACAUUGUUUGCAAAUUCCAAAAUUUUAUCAAGCAGGCUAUACAACUGUAAGUUUUAAUACUCCUCCAUCUCUCGAACUGCCACGGCUAUAUUUCGAUUCAUUUUCCUUUAAUCAUCUUUUAGAAAUCAAGUUAUUAAAGAGUUCAACUGGCAAACAAACCGAUAGCUAUUGUGGUUCGAGUAAGCAAACAGUUCGAUCCGCAUGGAUAAGCUAAGAUAGAUAAAGGGUUAUACAGGUUACUGCUUGGGUAACCUUUAAAACGCUUAAUUAAGUUACGUACAGUUAAAGCAAAAAUGUAUUGGAAUUUUCAACUUGUAUUUAAUAAUCAGUACUUUUGAAAAAAACACUUGCUCGGUAUCUAGUUGGUUUGGUUAUCAGCGUUCUCUUCGUUUGAUAGCGCAAUUUUAUAUAGAAUUGCAUCAGAACAGGAAAAAACUUGGUGACUAAGUAAGCAAACAGGAAAGCAAAAUAAAAUAAUGUUGUAACUACACCAACAAUAGGGAGCGUAUUGCGGCAUAAGACUACUGGAAAGCUGAUCAUAACGUGUAUUACGAUGCUGAGCUUUGCAGUAGUCUUUGAACUUCUCGUUUUUUGUCAGAUAGAAAAGCGAGUGAAUUGGUCAAAUGCGCUCUGUGUCCUCUCCUUGAUUCUACCUUACGUUGUAGUUCCUCCAUAUCCUGGUCUCCUCACCUCACCAAUGUCAGAUAAAAAAGCGACUGAAUUCGUUUAAGGAGAAACUACAAAGUCAGCAACAAAACUUGGCCGGUCCAAAGGCACAUGGUUUAAUGAAACGCGAAGGUUCGAGCCCCUGAAACUACAUUAGACUCAAGUCCGUGACGCGACGAAAAAACGAUAUCGCGGUUCUAGUUACAAUUCGUAAACUGAAGCUGUAUCCAAUAGUGUAAACAACGUAUAAAAAUGUCACUUGNAACUUGGCCGGUCCAAAGGCACAUGGUUUAAUGAAACGCGAAGGUUCGAGCCCCUGAAACUACAUUAGACUCAAGUCCGUGACGCGACGAAAAAACGAUAUCGCGGUUCUAGUUACAAUUCGUAAACUGAAGCUGUAUCCAAUAGUGUAAACAACGUAUAAAAAUGUCACUUGAUCUAGCUUCAAGAAUAAAGUACCAAAUCUGACUUUCGACAUUUUCCGGGCCCCGGGGCGACUAGUCUUUUGUUCACUCUGCAAUUCGUUGUAAUUCUCUUUCUGGAGCAGCUCGUUGGGUCCUCUUGGAAUAUGGGUUUACUGGGCAGUCAACCCUCGGAACUGCUGGGGUGAGAUUCUCUUGAGACUGAGCUGAUAUUUCCAGAGGGUAGAGUUUGGCAAUUGGCAGAUUGGUUGUGCCUCCCUGGGUACGUAUAUUUACUGCAUGUAAUUGGCCAUCUCUUCCGGGUAAUAGCUCUUCUACUACUGCAAGUUUCCAGUUGAUUCGUGGACCCUCAUCAUGUACUAAUAAAACAUCACCAACUUGACUGCUGGUUUAUUGUUACCAGUGGUCUUGUAACAUUCUCUUGGUGACGUCAGGUACUCCUGUCUCCAACGGGUCCAGAAGUGUUGUAGGAGGAGAGCAAGGCGUUUGAAUUUCCUCUGGAUUUCUGCGUUUCCAUUCUGGUUGUAUUCAGGAUCAAGGAUCUCAUCUUGCUCUACUCCAAUGUGGGGAAGGGCGGUUAUUCUCUUCCAUACAGGAGAUGAACUGGGGUAAGUGGUUCUUAGUUUAUCUCAUCAGAUACGACUGAGUCAUUGGCCUGUCAUUCAAAAUGGCUUCAACCUCGACAAUUAUGGUCUAUAGUGUGGUCAAAUUAACAGAUGCUUGUCCAAGUACUUUCUUCAGAGUAGUCCUUGUGAGGCCAAUCAAACGCUCCCAGAACCCUCCAUAACAGGUUGCUGCUCUAUGGUAUGAACGGCCAAUUUAGGCCUUGUUUGCUGAGGGAAUCUUUCAACGACUGUGAUUUAAAUAACUCUGUUAACUCUUCAGCUGCAGUCAGGUAUGGGGAGGCAUUAUCAGAAAUCAUUUGCUGAGGAGCAGAUUUCCGAGCUGCAAAUGUGCGAUAUGCAAGGAGGAAGGUUUGCACUGAUAAAUUUGUGAACACUUCAAGAUGGACUGCUCAUGUUGUGGCAUAUGUGAAGAGACAAAUGUAAACCUUCCUUUGAACUCCAGCUUCACAAAUGUAUAGUGUUCCAGUUUGUGAAGUCGACUCCUGUGACUGUAAAUCGCUCUGCUUGUUGUAUUCUUGAUUUCGGAAGUGGGGGUGGAUCUGGGAUGUCAUAUAGUAAUCCUGAAAUCUUCUUACAGGUGACACAGUGGCUAAUCGCUUUCUUGACAUGCCGACGUCCGGCAGGAAUCUAGUACCACAGGCGCAGGGCAGUCAGAGUUGAAUUCACACCAUAGCAUACUGUGGUAGGUCACUUCCUGGCAGGUCUUGAUCCAUACAUUUCUUGCAUUAUGCAAUUCUGUUUUCCUGUAUUCGUCUGCAAUUUUUGAACAAAUCGCAGGACUUAAUGUGCGACACUGAGGAGCUUGGAAAGGGUGCUGAAGUUAGAUACAGUAAUAAGCUGCUGAAGACCUGGUCCUUGUGCAUGGUUCGUGACAGCUGUCCCUGUUGGGGUGGUUGUCUCUUCAGUGGGAAGGACCUUGUUUCCACAACCUCUGGUAAGCAGGUCGGCGGGAUUGUCUGAGGUGGGACAGUAUUUCCAAUUUGUCAGUGAGGUAAGUUCUUUAAUUUCCCUUACAAGACUAGCGACAAAAAGCUCCUUGGUGCUACAAAGCCAAUGUUAGACAAUCUGGCUGUCAAUUAACCAGAGAUAAACUUUAUUCAAAUGAAUCUCAUCUUGGAGGUAAGAGGCAAGUCGAGUACCGAUCACAGCUGCAGUUAACUCUAACUGCGGCAGGGUUAGUUCCUUUGUUGGUCCAAUUCGCGAUUUUGCCAUCACGAAGGAGGAGUGGUUUUCUUGCGUGGAAUCAAGAUAGGCAAAAGUUCCAUAGGCCUUGGUGCAUUCAUUAACGAAAACAUGCAGUUCCACGUCAUUUGGUGAUGUACGGCCCACGGGAAGUACUACUGAGAAGUCGCUAUGGACAUGAUCGUCUCAAAUUCCGUGGCCAACUCUUUCAACUUCAUUUGGAGGUCUGGGAUCUGAGGAUCGUCCCAUGCUACAUUCCCUUUUAUUGAUUAGAUUUGGAAUGGUCGAAGCUGUGAAUCUCAUGGGUGGGUAGUUGAUCAUGUCUGUUGUUGUGUUCCAUAGUACACCUAGGACUUUAGUUUCAGGGCGGUCACAAAGGAGGUACUCCUUUGCUGCCAAUGACUGUAUCACUGGAUUGUUCGAGGUCCAUGAUCUCAAGUUAAAAUCCACGGGUGACAUCAAUGUUCUUGCUCGAUUGUAAUAUGUUGCGGCUUCCUCCUCAUGUUGGACCCCAGAGAUGAGGUCUUCUACAUAGAUGUUCUUCCUCACGUCUUUUCCCACAGGAUCAUUGUACUGAUUGAGAUGCUUGUUGAGAGUUGCAUUCAGUAUGAAUGGAGAGCUUGACGCAACGACCGUACGUACGUCGACCGUACGUCCGCCAAUCAUGCCAGCGGAUGUGAAAUGUCACACUUACUAGCUUACAAGGCAUAAAUGUAUACAAUCCGUUGUUAACUAUACAUUGGACAUCUAUUUUAUGUUCAAUUGACGACUGGAUGUAUCAAGGGCUCAGGCACGUACAACUCACUUAAAUACCGUUUAUAACAUAGCGCGCGUGCUUGCCCUAUAAAAGUCCUAUUGAGCCGUUAUGAACAAAAUCUUUAUUUACGCACGCCCGUGCGUAAAUAAGAUGACGUGAGCAUUUUUUUUACCUGGCUGCAAAGUUGUCGUCUUUUAAGCUGCAGUGCACUUUUCCUUCUCUUUAAAAUAUGGAAGAAACCAGCGAAAAACUGCCCAAUUUUUCUAUCGGCAUUGACCUUUUAGGUCCUGAUCCAACAAGCAGCAAAAAUAAAGCCGAAUUAAAAAAAAAGAGCUCGCAAGUUGUGCGUUUCGCAAAUUUGUCGAAGACCAGCUCAGCAGCAAAUUUUGGCCGAAAGACAUUCACUGGGAACAGAACAGACAUCAACUGGUCAUCAACAAGAUUUAAAGGCAAAAUUUCCGUUUUUAUUGUUGUUUUUAAAUUUGUUAUGCACUUUGUUAUCUCCGGACAAUCGGACUGAAGCAGGAAAAUUUUUCUCGCAAUAACAACACAAAUUACGCAAGAAGACAUAAAUUUAUUACUCACAAAAACAACUGCUGCCAGGUCUUCUCAAGAAGCCGUAAUGACCAGCCAAUGUUCGUAAAUGAAUAUAAGUUUAAACAAGGAUGACAGUCGUCUUCGCUAAAAACAUGUUUUCUGGAUUUCGCCGCGCAAAACGUAAACAUCUGUUUAGCAAAUCCAAACCAUACUCCACGACUUCUCACGAACAUGUCACGGAGGAUAGCUGAGGAUUUUAACUUUAGGUGAACUUUAAGACUCUUUUACCUUUGUUUCUGCUUAGUUUCCAUUGAUCGUUAAGGAAUAAAGAAGCAAAUUUUCUUUCUCACUGUUACGGAAAGAAUAUUUCAUUCAAACUAGACGAUUGUGGCGUGUUCGUAAUCAGCCAAUACAACCGUUUGAUAUUGUGUCGCGCGAUACGAGAAUUUUGCAGUUAAUCAAAAAGCAAGCAUUUUUGUCAGCUAUGUUAUAAAAGAUUUUGCUCAUGCUUUUAGCUGUGCAUAUAUAGAGUUAUGGAUGCACUUGGGAAGUUUGGAGAGCACUCAAGAAGCUAGAGUUGCAAUCGGCUAUCGCCUCGUGCAACUCUUACGCAUCUUUAGUGCUCUCCAAACUUCCCGCGUGCAUCCAUAACUCGAUAUACGCACGCUAAGCAUGAACAAAUUCUUAAUUUUUUUUUUUGAAAGUUCUCUGUUGACCAGUUAUUAGUUUCAGUUGAUCGCAGGCCCAGGUUCAUUUUUUCGAGAGGAUCCGGUGUGGAUACAUUCCUCCCUAAACGCUUCGCUUUUGGCCUUGGCUAAAUCUAUAUAUCAUGUUUCAGAAUAGAAAAUUUUGUAAAUGAGCUCCGCCCCUGAGGUAUAAAAAUCUCUCAAAAUUUACUUGGUGUCAGUUUUCUCACUUGCAGCCAGUGCCGGGGUGAAUACAUCCUUCCACUGCGGGUUGUUUUCAAGUUUUGAUAAAGACCUGUAAGCGAUUAUCAAUCCACACUGCUGCUAGAAAGAGCACCUAAAAAUUAGCAAACUUACCAAGUCAAAGAAGGCUUUUGAAAACUUGACAUUGGUUUUUAUAUUAGAGUGUUUAAUAACAUUUAAUAUCAAUUUCUUUAAUGCAGGAUUUCAAUCGAGAUACACCUCUAUUCCGUCGAAGCCUACUUUUUCGCAUGCUGGAAACGAUGUGACAUUUACAUGGAGAUAUCACUUGACGCACUCAGAUAGAGCUAAUUUCAAGGUCGUUGUAUUCGGAAUAUGGAUGAAUGGAGACAUUUCAAUUCCAUUAGUGUCUGUUUUAAGGAAUGGAAGUGCUAUUUUUUAUUCCAAUCGUGUCUCAUGGCUUGGGAACAAGACAAUGGCCUCAUUUAGACUACACAAAGUGUCCAUUGAUGAUGAUAGGGUGUAUGGUUGUAAGCUGGAUUUCGGGGCAUUUGAUGUACUGGAUUCAGUGAGGCUUACUGUAAUUGGUAAGAAUUUCACCAUUAAUCUACCCCUGUUCAUACCUUAUAUAUAUAUAUAUAUAUAUAUAUAAUCCCCUCAUUUGCGGAAAAAUGAUACACAUUAAACCCCCUUGUCAUUAUGACAAUCCUCUUUCCAAAAUGAAAAAACAAAAAAGCAAAAAAACUUGAUGCACAUUUUGUCAUACUGUUCUUAAGAAUUAUUCGUUAAAUCUAAAUCUAAUCUAAAUAUCGUUAUGUCGGCAAAAUCGUUUGGGACAUCACCGGUUGAGAUUCUAUUAUUAUUUAUUUUGAUAUGAUUUUAUAUGUUUUGAUAAUUUUUGAUAAUUUUUCUACUGAUAAAAAUAAAACUAAAUUAGUUUGCUUUUAAAAAUACAGAGGGAUUGGCUGGAAACGUUAUAAACUAUAAAAUCAUGAUUCCAGCUGUCUUGUGGAAACACAACACGCAAGGUCUCUUUAUUUGAGGUUCUAUUAUAAGUUCAGUCUUAUCUUAACUUUUAACAGCUGUCUUGUCCGUUUUUAGCCGCACCACAGAUCAAAAAGAGCAAAAAUCAUCAGUUGGCACAGGUCAAAGUAUCUGAAGGCCAGUCAGUUGUUAUUCCUUGUAAAGUAACCGGAAAUCCACCACCUUGGAUCUCUUGGAGUCAAGACGGAAGAGUGCUUCAGAAUAGUACUCGAAAGCAUGAUUUAUUGAUAAAUUCAGCUGAGGAACACAUGACAGGACUGUAUCGCUGUAGGGCUGAGAACGAGGCUGGUGUUGAUAAAUAUGACGUGCUACUGCUUGUAAUAUCAUGUGAUCAUCAGUCUGGUGAUGUGACAUUUCAUGCACAAGGUGAAGUAUGUAUAAAAUGAAUACAACUGAACCUGACUGUGUUACAAUGGCUGCACUCACAUCUGGGCUACUAACUAUAGUUAAGACGGGGAUAACUAUAGUUAGCUAUUUCGGUAAUGUGACCUCUUCUCUGUUCGCUCCAGCUAUAGUAAGAAAAUUUACGCCUCGGUGAUCCAAAAACAAUACAGACUAACUAUAGUUAUACCCAAGCAGGGUUCGCGGGUUAGUCUUAAGUUAACAAACAAACAACAAAUCAGAAUGUGACACUUCUUUUCGCUCGUGCGAGAUGAGCAUAUAUAAAUAUGCAAAAUAAAAACCAAGCGUGAGGCGAGGGGGAGACCAAAAACAACAGACAAAAAAUGUUCACAACUGUCCUUUCAGGAUAUGAAAAAAAAUAAUGUUUAAUAUUUUAGAUCCCAUUCGAAAACAAUUGAUGGAACUUGGUUGAACUUAUGUUGUACAAAAGUCAGUAACAUAUAGUUAAUGAUCGAUCACCCAAUUCUCUUGAGGUUUAGAAAAAAAAGAGAAGUUGAUGGCAUUGAAUAGUCAGCAACUAAAUAUACUGUUGUUGGUAGCUAUGAGUCCUUUGCCCCAUCCCAGUUGCCUGAAAUUUGAUAAUGAUUGAUUAAAUGCAACUUGGCAGUGGAUUUCGCGAGAAAAGAAAAACCGAUUUGUUCAUCUCAUUUGUCAGCUGCAUAUUCUCCACUUUUGAAACGAGAGGGGAACUGGAGCCGAAACGUGUCCUCUCAGCUAUUGGUCAAUUUUCCCCGUCCCUGGUAACAGUCCCAGAAGGCUUGGCAAACGUUUACCCGGCCCAGUUUCCUUCACGUUUCUAAGUUCGUGAAUACUCAACGCAUCCUUUUCGCAUCCUUGUCCCCAGAGCCUCCUGGGGGUCUGAGCAUGAGGACCGGGAGGCUCCGGGGACACAGGAUUUGAAGUCCUAGAUUUUAGGAAUUCCGGUCAUUUCCGAUUCAAAAGAAAGUUAAAGGAUUCUCUUUUAACAGCUUUGAAGCACCUAAAUUUACAGUCAUUGACACUUCUGCAAGAGGAGGUGAACGCGAAUAGAAACGUUGUAGAAAAUCAGAAAUGACCGGAAGUUCUAAAAUCCAGGACUUCAAAUCAUGUGUCACCAGAGCCUCCCGGUCCUCUUUCUCAGGCCCCCAGGAAGCUCUGGGGACGAGAACCUACUCAACGUUGCUAGUCUACUAAAAAAAAUCAGGAACUUGUACACAGACUGCGCUGAAAUGGGAGCAAAAAUUACUCGCUUUUAACGGCCGUUAAAGGUAUUUUGACCUCAACCCUAACGGUGAUUACUCGUGCUUGUCAUUUUUACAUUGCAUGAUGAAGUAGCAGAAGGUUUCCUUUCCACUGGAUUUUAUGAGUUGAACGAAUACAGUUACUUUUAACUAAAAGAAAGUAAUUCUUCUUUCUUAGAAAACAAGUCUAAAACACAGCAUAACUUAGACGGCUUGUCUAAGUUUCAUGCCCAGGCCACCUUAGCUUCUACUCUGGUUGUCGUCUUUGCCUUGUUUGUCAUCUUCGGAGCAUAUUUCUUUUUCCGAUAUACAGGAGCUAGAAACAAGAGACCCAGGUAAGGACCACAUUGAAAGAAGUACACGACUAGAACGUGAAUGAUUGUUUAUUUUAUUAUUGGCAGUUUAGACACAAAUUUAUUGUAAAAUAUUCUUUUUCACUGUGUGGUUUAUCAACAUUGCAAGGACUAUUCAACGCCAUUGCUAAUUUGGUGAUUUCUUUUGCGGACUACUAAAUAGCAAAUACAGGCAUCUCCCUCCUAACCCAAACCUUUCACGGUAAAACAGACACCGCCUGAAACGGACAUCUCACUAGUGAUGGUUCCCCCUUCCUUCAGUCUUUCCGUGAACUCUUUACAAGGAGGCCGGCACCCUGUCACAAGCUACGGUAAGACGGAGACUUUGUGCCGGUGCCAAAAGUGUCUGUAUCAUAGCGUUUUGACUGUUGUCGCCAUCAGUAUAUUAGUCGUCAAAAAAGCUUUGGCCUUGGCCUACUUAUUUUGCAAGGGCCUAGUCGAAUUGUUUUACGUUGGAUACCCGCAUGCCAAAAAACAAACAAACAAACAAACACAACAAUAUUUAUAAAACCUGUUUUGUGAAAUGAAAGUCAAAAGUAUCGUUACUGUUGUGAUUUCGAUUGGUUCGCAGGUUAGAUGACGUCUUUACUCUCUUCUAUCAAAAUUUUUAGUGAUGAACAAAACUAACAAAUAGUCUACAUCCCCUCUGCCAUAAAAAAGAGACGAGCUGUUUUCAAGUGGAUAAACUCUUCUUAAAACAAUAGACUCAAUAAAUUUGUUACAUAUUUUCGUAAAAGCAAACUAAGAUCAUAUAAACUACAAUACACUGUAGGUCUUUACUGGUUAACACGAGUGGCUGUGUCUUAUUUUUUGAUAAAUGUAUGGGAGGAUAAGUUGUCGUACGUUCAAAAGUAAACGCUUUCAUACUUGUCUUACAGGAAAUACACCAAAAUGCCUCAAGAUGAGCAAGCUCGGAGUUUAUUGGGAGAAUGGUCAAGCUUUACUGAUAAUGGCGCAAAAAUAUAGUGGAAGCUGACUACGAUGUGCAAAAGAAAAUAACUACAUUAAGUAGCUUUAAAAGUUACUUUGUAAAGGCAUGGAUUAUUUUUAAGAGAGAUUCUUCUAGUAAAAAUGGUCUGCUAUAAAUUGUUCCGGCUUUAGCUGAAAACAAUGUUGAGGCCAGUUUACAUUUAUAUAGUGCUAUUUUCCGCGCGCCUGGCUGGAUAUGGCCGGUUUACAGCUGUCCACCCAAGAAGUACUACCCUGAAUUCUAAAGCAACGACUUAUCAGGCUUACCGUCCCAAUGAAAUAGGAAGACACAAAUCGUUUCGGAUGUCGGCUGACCGAACUCGUCACAGCGUGUUAACGCGGUAGAAUGGAUAAUAACGGAAUCAACUGCAUCGCAAGUGUGGUUUAUUUUGACGCUUGGAGACACUUAAUUCUUAUUUUGUCAAAGAGGUAUUUCGACACAAUUAACUGCGGCAAUAAUUUUCUUUAUUUAUAACCUACAGCAUGGAUGAUAUUCAAAACGCACCAACAGAGUCUAUUCUGAUUCUGUGGAGGAACGAGAAAUAGCCAUAUCGUAGCUUCGUAUUAUAUAGUACAAGCCAUAAAUAUAGAUGAGCGAUCACAUCCAACAAAAGUUUGGAUGGCCUAUUUUCUGAAUAACACCUAGCAUAAUUACGUAAUAGCCACCUAUAAUUUCAUAAUCGUAGCUUAAGACAUCAGGGGCUCAAUCAGCUCCUAAACUAAUUGGUACCGCAGCUCUGCAAAGUAUACAUGUAUAUUUAACAGUGAUUACAAAACGACCUUUUGUUUUCAGUGCCUUAUUUCACUUGCGUAUAUGGUUGUGAUGAUAUAUUCUGUUAUGACAGAGGCCUAGUUACUUAAUGUUUGCAGACGGGAGCGAUCACCAUAUGACGUAAUACAAACUUGAAAAGACACUGAACAAUACCCAUACCACAACACACAAGCCAACCAACAACAGUUUCUGCAACACCAACAAACAAACGCCGAACUAGUGUUGCAUUAUUGAUAAACCGACAUUGCAUCGCAUGAUGGCUAAUGACUUGUGAUUUAUGUACCCUUGAAUAUAGGUUGUAAUUAGGCCUAACGUUUAUUAAUCGAGAUGUCUUUAAUUGGAGUUCUUCUCUUCAUAUUCCGUUGGAUUUUAUAUUUAUCUACGUUUUACAUCUAGUAAGCCUCAAGAAAGAUUAGUAAAAAAUGCCUGCUUACAGCGUCCUUGCAUGUAACCAAUGAUCACGUUUAUUACAAACCAAGGUAUUCUAUUUGUAUAUCGCUUUUUUAAGUCAAUAAAACCAGGCAGUUGAUUCCCGCACCAAAGAAAAACCAUAACAAUUUUCUCCUUGAAAGCUGCCGUCACAUAUCAUGUUGUAUACAAUUGAAUAUUGAAUAAUCAGCUUUAUUUGUUGUAAUAAAAUUAUAACUAAUCUAUAGUGCUUUGGUCUUCUGUUUGAGAGAUGGAGGGAAAAAUAAACAAACAAACGAGAGGAAGAAGGGCAAACAUGGUCAGUUAAGGAGGAAAAUGAAGAAAUGAGAAGGGAAAACAGAGGACAGGAGUAAGAAAAAGAGAUCAGUGGAGCAGGGAGGAAUGAAAAGCUACCAAUAAGCACUCGGAGUACUUUUUUCAUUUCAAGGGUCGAGGGGUGCUCAUUCGAAGGGUGGGGGAGCGAGUGCUUUUUCCGAUUUUCUAGUUUUGGCCUCACAAUAACGUCUUCCAGUUGUCACAAACUGUAAUAGUAAACUAGAUUGUUUCUGUAUCUAUGUUAUCACUAGUAAAGUCCUGUUUCUCUCAAAUUACUUGGCUGAAAUUUCUCCACACUCUAUCGUGUAUUCAAUGCUUUGAAUUGGAAUGUGAGGUGAAGGGGGGUGGGGGUGGGGGUGGAGGGUGUUGUAGCCUCAAGUGGGCUUCUGUCGUGUCCAAUAAUGUCGGGGCGCUUAUUUGAAGUUGCGCUUUCUUAAAAGAGGGGGCUAACUCGUACAUUCACAGUUUUACAAAGAAGAGAAAAAAAUGAAAGGUAGAAAUGGGAUGAACUGAGAAAGAGGGUUGAACAGUCGGUAGGGAAACGAAGGGAAAAAGACACGUAAACUAUGGAGGAAAAAAUAUACGAACAAAAGAAAAGAGUGAUGAGGAGUUCUGAAGUUGUCUGCGUGCGACGUCUCCUA